AAAGGGCAGGUACCCGUGGCCUUUUCUCUGCACUCCAGCGAGCAUGGCUCUCCUGUCCGUGUUCACGCCUGUUCUGGCGGUGGUUUUAUGCCUGGUGAUAGGCUUCGUGCUGGUGAAAUCAUGGGACACAAAGACCACUUCCACAUCUCCAGGCAAAAGUAAAGGGGCGACAAAAGGGGAGAAAAGACCAUGGGUGGACCAGGACUUACAGGACGAUACAGAAAUCACAGCAAAAGAAGACGAUGAUGAUGCUGAUGAUGAUUGGGGGGACAACACUGAAGAGGAGAACCUCACACAACUGCCUUAUUCACCGCAGCGAUACCCUGAGGAGACAAUGCUGCAAAGGUCCAAGGAGUUUUACACUUUGAUGAACCAGCGGAGGUCUGUCCGAUUCAUCAGGCCGGAGCCUGUCCCACGGGAAGUCAUCGAUCAUGUCAUCCACACUGCAGGUACAGCGCCUAGUGGAGCACAUACAGAACCCUGGACGUUCGUUGUGGUGUCAGAUCCAGAUAUUAAGCAUCAGAUUAGGUUGAUAGUCGAAGAGGAGGAGGAGAUGAACUACCGCCAGAGGAUGGGGGAAAAAUGGGUUCAGGAUUUGGCCAAAUUGAGGACAAAUUGGAUUAAGGAGUACUUGGAUGUUGCUCCAUAUCUGAUCCUUAUCUUUAAACAGACCUACGGGAUUCUCCCAAAUGGCAAGAAGAAGACGCACUACUACAACGAAAUCAGCGUGUCCAUAUCCUGUGGGAUCCUCCUGGCUGCAUUACAGAACGUGGGUCUUGUUACCGUCACAUCUACGCCCCUCAACUGCGGCCCCAAACUCAGGCUCCUACUUAAACGCCCGGUGAACGAGAAGCUGCUGCUGCUGCUUCCUGUUGGUUAUCCUGCCUCUGAUGCUACUGUGCCUGACUUGAAACGCAAGCAUCUGGAUGAUAUUUUGGUGCACGUAUGAGAAAAUAAGAUGCAAAAAGCAGACUGUUUUGUUUUUCUUCAACAAAUUCUUUGCCCGUGGAUGAGAAAUCAACCAGGCAGAUGCCUGAUGAGACUUAGAAGUGCUUUCACAGUACAGAGAAGCAGAGAAGGAGGUUUCUUUAAAUCAGUCUUUAAGUGUUUAAGAUACACAACCAAGAGAGGAUGGCAUGAAGGAUGGGGUUGAGUUAUUUGGGUUUAGCACAUUUCUAUCAUACAAAUAAAUAACCAGCAAAAAUUCUUUGAUUCCGUUCUAUGAAUGGUCUCUGAUUUUCCAAACCACACACAAACAACUGAGGAAAGUUCAUAUACAACUAGAUCUGGAUGAAUGAAGAACAGGUGGUUGCUCGGUGGUUGCUCAGUUGAAUGCUAACUGCAAUAGCAGUGUUCAGUAAGCAUCUGAAAGAAAGGAAAUUGAACUGUAAAAUCUAAUUGGUUCCCAGAACUUGAUGCAAACUUGUUGCCUUAGAAAAAAACUAAACCGGCUUACCACUAAUGCAUUAGUUAACUCACAAUUUUUUUUUCUCCGACUGUCUCCCUAUCGCUCUCUCUUUCUGUCUCUUUCUCCCAGUGUAAUGCUAAUUUUUUUAAUGAU